AUGGCCACUCCCGCUCCCUCCUCCCCGUCCCCCUCCCCGCCGGCCGCGCAAGAGCUCCCCGCCGGCGCAGGCGGCGACCAGCGGCAGCAACAGCAGCAGGCGCACCACCACCACCCGCUCCUCGCCGCGGCCGCCGCCGCGUCCCUCCUUGCCGUGCUCUACCUCCCCCGGCCGGUGCUGCUGCUCGUGCUCUCCCCGGCCUCGCUCUCCUCCCUGCUCCUCCUCCUCUCCCUCCUCCGCCUUGGCUCCGCGCCGCCGCCGCUUCACGCUCUCGCCGUCCCUCCUCCUUCCCCACCGCCGCCGACGGACGAGAAGCAGCAGCAGCAGGCUCCCGAGGUCGAGUGCCCGCCGCCUCCCUCGCCUCCUCCUCCGCCGUCCCCGCCGCCGGAGCCGGAGCGCGGGAGCGUGUUCCCGGAGGUCCCGGAGUUCGCGUCGUGGGCGGCCAAAGGGCGCGCGCUGGAGGUGAUCCACGAGGAGUUCGAGGCCGAGUGGGGGCUGCCGGAGGAGAUGGGCCUGCCGUGGGACUCCGACUCCGACCUCGACUCCGAAUCGGACAGCGCCAGCGGCAGCGAUGACGGCUACGGCGGCCGAGGCGGCGACGCGGAGGACGGCAUGAUCGAGAUCGAGCUGGAGGAGGACAGCCUCAUCGAGAUCGACAUCUCCAGGUUCCGGUGA